UAUUUGAACUCAUACAGCGAUGCUGAUGAGAGCUGCUGACAAACAACCUCAGAUCACAUGCUUUCUCUCCACAGUCAGAGCUCGUAAACCAGCGCUGUCUGGCCAUCCAGCAUCCUCCCCACCCUACAAUAGCUUGUAUAUUACCAGCAGAAAUACAAAAAGCAAGGAAUCACAUGCGGUCUGUUUGGAUUCUCCGUUUUUGUUAUCUUUUAACAGCUGUACUCUGGUGAAAACAUCGAUCUGGUAUAAAUUCAGCGGUGUCAUAAUGUUUUGGGAGAUUCGCAGAAUACAAUGGACACGGCUGUUUGCAAUGGAAACAUCUGGCCUUUUAAACACAAAGCGAGUCCAAUAAGAAAAUACUAGUACUAGUGCUGUGCACACAACGGACCAAUGGGUUGGAAAUGUUAAAUUCGAUCUCUACAAUGUUGUAGCCGAUUUCUCAACUGGAAAUACCUUCUCCAAACCUGUGUAAUCGAGACAGAAUUCAAGAAACAGCGGUAGGUAAACAAAACUACCAGCUUUACAAGAUGAUCAUGUUUCACUAACAGCACUUGAAAUGUUUUCAAUCCAGCCAGACUGAGCGCCUCCCUUCAGUUUGAGACACGAUCCUUAAAUGAUGACUUAUUCUUUGCCAAAGCAAUGUGAUCUUUUACACAGAUCAUGGCAUGUUGGUUCUUUGUGUUUUCUACAAGACUGCCAUUGAGGAUCACUAAAGAAAAUGGGGAUCAAGUCCAGGAAUGUUGGUAAUGCUUCGGGGGAGCAAAAACACAAGAACGAUGGGUUGUCGGGGGAGGUAGAUAAUAGCAAUUUGGGGUUGGGGUGUGGGACUGAUAAAGAUGGAACCCUUUUGCUCAUGGGUCCCGAAAAAGAUGAUUUUAAACGGGGUUCUCAGUGUCUGGGACUCUUGGCCAAAACGCCCCUGGGAUACACGAGACCUGUAAAGAGGAAUAAUGUCACAUACAGAAGAAUUCAGAACUUGAUUUACGACGCGCUUGAGAGACCUAGAGGAUGGGCAUUACUCUAUCAUGCUUUUGUAUUUUUGAUUGUGCUUGGGUGUUUAAUCUUGGCCAUCUUGACAACUUUUAAAGAAUAUGAAGAGGUAUCAAACUGGCUUGUUAUAUUGGAAACCUUCACCAUUUUCAUAUUUGGAUUAGAGUUUGCUUUAAGAAUUUGGGCUGCUGGUUGCUGUUGUCGAUAUAAAGGAUGGAGGGGGCGUCUGAAAUUUGCCAGGAAGCCUUUGUGUAUUUUAGAUAUCUUUGUACUCAUUGCCUCAGUGCCAGUUGUGAUUAUACAGAAUGAGGGGAAUGUGUUGGCCACAUCCCUGAGAAGCUUGCGUUUUCUGCAGAUAUUGCGGAUGCUUCGGAUGGACAGGAGGGGAGGAACAUGGAAGCUUUUAGGCUCAGCCAUUUAUGCACACAGCAAGGAACUCAUCACUGCCUGGUACAUUGGAUUCCUGUCCCUCAUCCUUGCAUCAUUCCUUGUUUACUUGGUCGAAAAAAAUGACACUGAUAUGGAGUUAACUCCCGCACCCACUGGUAACCCAAAUAAUAUCCAGGAUUUUGAUACAUAUGCAGAUGCACUGUGGUGGGGCUUGAUAACCCUAACCACUAUAGGCUAUGGUGACAAAACCCCUAAAACAUGGGCAGGUCGUCUCCUGGCUGGAACAUUUGCCCUCGUUGGAGUCUCAUUCUUUGCUCUUCCAGCUGGGAUUCUAGGCUCAGGGUUGGCUUUAAAAGUCCAGGAGCAGCAUCGGCAAAAACACUUUGAGAAACGCAGGAACCCAGCAGCAGGCUUGAUACAGUCUGCCUGGAGGUAUUAUGCCACCAACCCCAGCAGAAAUGAUCUUAUUGCCACCUGGAGAUUUUAUGAGACCAUCAUAUCACUACCCUGUUUCAGAAAGGAUCAACUUGAAGGAGUUUCCAGCCAGAAAAUGAGUCUCCUGGAGCGUGUUCGCCUAUCUAACCCACGAACGGCAACUAUCAAGGGCAAGCUGAUCACACCUCUGAAUGCAGAUGCCAUUGAAGACAGCCCUUCUAAGGAAUCAAAGGCGGGGGCCUUCAGUAACAGAGAGAGAUUCCGAACUGCCUUUCGUAUGAAAGCUUAUGCUUUUAGACAGAGUUCAGAAGAUGCUGGAGCUCUGGCAGACACAGGGUCUGAAGACAAGGGCUACCCCAGCGACCUAUUACUGGAAGAGAUGAUACCUACACUGAAAACAGUUAUCAGGGCUGUUAGAAUCAUGAAAUUUCUUCUGAAUAAAAAAAAAUUCAAGGAGACACUGAGGCCUUAUGACGUAAAGGAUGUGAUAGAACAGUACUCAGCAGGGCAUAUUGAUAUGCUUUCUAGAAUUAAAUACCUCCAAACAAGAAUAGAUAUGAUUUUGUCUCCAGGGCCCCCUUCAACUCCAAAACAUAAGAAGGCUCAAAAAGGGUCCUUUUCAUACCCCUCCCAACAAUCACCUAGAAAUGAUCCAUAUUUACCCAAAGGAUCAGUGCAAGAGGCUGAAGACCAAAGCAUGAUGGGAAGAUUUGUGAAAGUUAAAAGACAGGUUGAACAUAUGGAGAAAAAACUUGACUUCUUAGUGGAUAUGCAUAUGCAGCAUAUGGACCAACUGCAGGAAAAACCAUGCAGAUGUCAUUUUCCAAAGGAGACUUCAGGCCAACAAAGCCCAACAGAGGACAAAGAGGACAACAGGUACACAGAGAUAAAAAAGGUAUUUUUCAACUACACUGAACCCUGUCCUCAUAUGUCUUACCAAAUCCCAGUCAGCAAGGUGACUCCAUAUAGUUUCUUCAGGAACGAUCCAAGGUGCACCAGCUUUUCAGCAUCCUUGACAAUGGACAGGUCAGGCUGCAUGAGGCUGUCACCUCCCCCUGUUCCAUCCUACACUGAACGCCCCAAUGUUUUGCCCAUCAGUACACUGGUGGACUCCAGAAAUAGCCUGCAAUAUGAAAGGGAGCAGCAACCCCCCUUCAUGGAUUGCCCUUCGCCACGGCAGGGCUGGACCUUGAUGCGGGACACAGAUACCCCGCUGUCACUUCUUUCAGUCAAUCACGAGGAACUGGAGCGCUCACCCAGUGGCUUCAGCAUCUCCCAAGGGAAAGAUGAUUUGAAUUUUAGCCCCAACGGUGGGGGGUCGAGUUGGAUGAAAGAAAAACGAUACUUAGCAGAAGGUGAGACAGACACUGACACUGAUCCUUUCACGCCAAGUGGGCCUCUUCCUUUAUCAUUGACGGGGGAAGGAUUUCCUGACGCAGUAUGGACCAACUCCAGUACUGGAAUUUAGCUGGGUAAGGGGCAAGGGAGAUUUUGAGAAGGGGGCCACAAGUAGACGUCUUUAAUGUAAAGUAUACACACUUUGCAUAUUUAAUCUGAUGAAGAAAUAAAAACAAAUUCACCCAAAGCUUUAUUGCUGCAGAGCAACAGGCGCCGCAUGUAAUGCAUGCAAAUCUAGUGAUAGACACUGCAAAGUCCAGAUAUUAAAAAUAAAAAGCUAUGCCGUUUCAUAACAGUAAAAAGAAACUUCAGUUGUUUGCGCAUGGUUUGCAUGGAGCUACACCAUAUAAAAUGACUGAACCAAAUUGUAGCUUUAUUGUACAGUACAUGUGUGGCUUUGAUUCCAGUUUCAUGUGCCAGGAAUUAAGCAGAUAAAAUUAAUUAAUUAUUUUUCUUGAAUAAGGUGCAACAAAGUUUAGAGGUUUGAAGACAGCCCAACCACAAAUCAUGUGUGUGCCAGUUCUGCAGGGUUGUGGAAUUUUUGAAAAAAACAAAAUGCUUGAUAAACCUACUUGCCAUUUACAGUAUAUGGUAGUAUCUGCAUAGUCUAUAAAUCUAUAUAUAUGGGUGAAUGCUGAAUUUUAGAAACAAGAGUACUGUAUGUACUAGUUUGACUUUAAAAGUUAGGAUAAACACAAUACAUCUUUAACAGAUUAUUCUUUUGCUGUUCCAACUGUAUCUUUAUAUUUUGACACAUGAUAGCACUUACGGAUAAACCUAUAUGAAGAGAGAUUAUUUAUAAAACACAUUUGCCACACUGCAUCAUGUAAAAUGUCCCAACACCUUUACAGAACUGGUACAGAUAAUAUUUGCCUUUCAAUAUUGUUGCCAACAAUAUGGAAACAAUUUGAUGUUCUAAUAUUUAUUGGGAAUGUAAAGCAGAACAUGUAGAUUGUAGAAAUAAUUCAAGCAUGUGGAUUCCUUUUUUUAAUAAACAAAAAAAUUUAUUAACAAGUUGUGUUUACUGAGAAGACAAUAUUACAUUAUCCACUAACCUAACAGAGUCUUUUAGCAAGACAAUUGGGGAAGUCAUCUCAUCUAGCUUUUAAUUUGCAAGGGCAGUAUCAUUGAAUACUAGGUUUUCUGCACAUGAUUUAAUAAACAACACAGAUUAGAAAACACACAUUUGCUAAAUCAGUAAUAUUUGUGGAUAUGAGCAAAUCCAGGAGACCUAAAUACUUAUUCUUAUUUUAGUGCCCUUUCCCAACCCCUCAGAUGUGGUGCAUCACUGAGUCACCUGGUAAAAGUCAGGGCAGUGUGGUUCCCGUUUGGCUGUGUUUAGUUGCUGAUCUUUGCUGGGGAUCCCACUUGGACAUUCAAAAUUAGGGGGAAAAAAAGAAGGUAUAAUAUUUGGACACACUAAAUUGUUUGUGUGUCAUUAUGAAGGUUUUAAAUAGAAUAAAUAUUUUAUUCUGACACUGUUUUUUCACAGCCUAAGAAUAGAAAUGUAUGAGAGAUGCAUUCAAGAAAUAUGCACCAGUAUUUGUUUUUAACAUGAUUUUAAUGUAGGCAUGGCUGGAAUCUGUCCAUCAAAUAUGUAUGUAAAAAAAUUAUAAAAUAAAGUUAUGCAACGUCAACAAAGUCCCAGUGUUGAAUUCUACAGUGCUGUAUUGCCUGCAUUUCUUCAAACAAGCACAUUAUGUAUCCAUAAUGUCAAAUGCAUAUUCAUGCAUUCUACGUAAAAAUAGAACUCAGUAAUGCCUUUGAAAUACAGUUCUUAAUAUAUUUAAAGAAAAAACAUUUUAUAAAAAAAAUAUACAUGCUAAACUAUUGCCAUUGUUUUAUAAACAUGACAUAUUUUGUAUAAUGUGUUUUCCAAUGUCAUCUCUGCCUGUAUUAUAGUCUUACCAUCUCCUACAUAGUCAUGUAAUGUUGUUUUAUCAUCAUCUCUUGUGUUGUUUAUUGGUAACUGAUCUUUCAUUGAAUGUCAUUAUGGGUCAAAGCAAAAUAAGCCAUUUUUUCAGUUUUUCUUCAAAUCAAAUUUCCUCCUCUCCUCCACUUGACUAUUUAGUAUCCUGAGAGUUGCACAAACAAGACUGCCAGAAUGCAAAUUUUGGUCUGUGACACAUUUUUUUCUGCUGAUUCACCAGUACCUGUUACUCAGUGCCUAAUUUGAUCUGUACUGAAUUCCACACUUCUCAAAUGUUGAAAACCUAAAUAAAUACAUACCUAAAACCAGCAUGUGCUGUUGAUUCUCUGCUAAUUUGUAAAGAUGACUGAAAUGAAUCUUAUGGGUCUUGGACUUUCAAAGUUGAUGGUAGUCUUUUUCGUGCCUUCUGGUGAGAUGACCAAGCCUUUAUUUUAUACUAGGUCUAGCUUGCUUAAAAUGGAAAGGCUGUUUAGUUCACUGCACUAAUUGAGCAACUCCCAAUUACUGUACCUUGUUGCACCUUUUGUGAGAAAACUAGAAUUUAACAUUUUAAUUAUGAACUUUAGUCACUUCUGUAUGGGUCAAUUUAAUAAACAAUUUUCUUUCUUUUGUUAUGAUAUGAUCAAGACAAAAGCACAUAUAAGUUGUGAUAGCUGGUCAGACUAUGGGAUGCUGUUUUGUAUGGUAAAUAUAAAAAAAGUUGUACAUUGGAAAUUUCAUUUUUAGGAAAAUACAGAGAAAAGGCUGCCAAACAAGUGGAUCUUGUAACUUGUUGAUUGAACAUACAUACAUAUUAAAUUCUGAGUACUGCAAGAUAAGAUUAUGGCACUUAAUUUCCAAAACAAAGGUUUUACUUGUAGAUAAUGUACCUUUAUUUUCAUUUAAAUCAGUGCAGUAAUUCACAUUACAGAAUUCAAGAAUUAAAUACUCUCCAUGAUUCCUAAAUCAGAAUAGAAGUAGUAACAAUCCAUCCAGGUGUGCAUAUUAUACAAUGUACUGGUCUUCCAUGAAGUUGAUAAUGUAGAAUUUAAAUUUCUAAACAGUUCCCUAAUUUAAGUGUUUGAUACACUUACAAUACAUUGUUAAUAAAGCAUCUAAACCUUAAUUAAAACUAAUAUAUUUUGACUAAGGUUUUUCUUAAAUGGAACAAAUUGUCCCUUUGGUCUUGUAGCUGGUUGUGUACAAUAAUCUAGUAUUAUUAUUAUUAUUAUUAUUAUUAUUAUUAUUAUUAUUAUUAUUAUUAUUAUUAUUAUUAUUAUUAUUUAGCAGAUGUUUUUAUUCAAAGCGACUUACAGAGACUAGGGGGUGAACUAUGCAUCACAACUGCUGCUGCAGUCACUUACAAUAGGACCUCGGUUUUACCUCUCACCCAAAGGACAGCGCACACAGAGGUUAAGUGACUUGCUCAGGGUCACACACAGCAAGUCACUGAUGGGAACCGCCUGGUAACAAGCCCCUUUCUUUUACCACUGGACCACCAAACCUCCUAAUCUACAAAACGUGUACCAAUUCAUUGUAACAUACCUACCUACAAUCUGUAGAAAGACUUACAAGAAGUCUAGCAUUAGAUUUCCCCUGUCUAAAAACCAUUCAAAGCUGAUGCUAGCUCAUUGGAUAAGUGCUGUUAUAGGUCAUGCCUGACUGCUUUAAACAUGUCUGUUUUUAAUCUAUUGACAGUCUGUCUGACUGAGUGAGAAUUCAGUGACUCGUAAACCAGUGCUUGACCACCAAAUCUUCUGGACUGUAGCCUACUGAUAAACAAAGAGUUCCCAGACCAAGUUCUACAAACCUCAAUAAAUAUUUUAGCCAGGUCACCAUAUGUUUUCCUUGCACAUGAAGAUGUUACUUUUUUGGAUUGCUUGUCUCAAGUUGCAACACCAUCUAGUGAUUAAUUAGGUCUUUCACGGAACUGUAAAACAUAUGCAACUAUUCCUUCAUUUUAAUUAGCUUAACAACACAUUAUUACAUGAGAGAACAAGUCAUAAGCAAGAUUAAACCAUAUACCCUAAAUAAAUGUACAUACAAAGGGUACUGGCUAGGAGGUUAUAUUAUUAUUAUUAUUAUUAUUAUUAUUAUUAUUAUUAUUAUUAUUGGAAUACUAAUAAAGAUCAUUUACAUUUGAUACUCUUAGUCAACACAAACAUGGUUGGAAAAUAAAUACAGUCCCUUUUGAAAAAUGUGUUACAUUCAGCUUGAUUAAGGUUUAGUUGUCAUGAAUAAAAGCAAUUUAAGUAAAAAUGGCUAAAUAUAGCGCUUUAUUCUUUUAUGUAACCACCUUUCACAAUUAAUGUAAUACUCUGUGGCAUAUGACUGAUAAUAGGUAUUUGUGCCUUGCCCUUUUUAAUUUUUCUUAGCCCAGCCAAUUUUCUGUCUAUGUAUCAGAAUGUUUUUUGUUUUUGUUUGUCUUCAAACAAAAGGGGAACACAACUUGUAUACAAGUGGCCUUCAGUGUUGUAAUAAUUUUAUUAAUUGUCAUUUUUAAAUUGUAUUUGUAAUAUAUAUAUUCUGGCACUGACCAGUUUUAAUAUCAUAAUUUAAAUAACAUAAUAUGCAAAUGGUACUUCUUACUUGUUUUUGUAUGUUUUGUCUUUACAAUUGCACCAGUUAUUAAUAAAGAGACAU